AUGGCUAAGAGGAGGGCUGCAGGUAGCUGCUGCUGCCCCAGAGCGCCCAUGAAAGAGGACAAUGCUCGUUUUUGCCUGCUGGCCGGACUCAUCCUGCUCUACUUAUUGUGCGGAGCUGCCAUCUUCUCAGCCUUGGAACACCCAUUUGAGCUCCGCGCACGCCUCCUGUGGAAACAGCAGCUGGACAACUUCACCAGGAGAUACAGGGUCAACCUGGGCGCCCUGCACACUCUGCUGAGGCAGUAUGAGGAGGCAAACGGAGCUGGCAUCAGGGUGGACGCAUUAAGGCCACGCUGGGACUUUUCUGGAGCUUUCUACUUUGUGGGCACAGUGGUCUCCACUAUUGGUUUUGGCAUGACCACACCAGCAACCAUAGCAGGAAAAAUAUUCCUAAUCUUCUAUGGUCUCAUUGGCUGUGCUGCCACUAUCCUCUUUUUUAACCUCUUCCUGGAGAGGAUCAUCACCAUGUUAGCUUACAUCAUGCGCUGGUGUCAUGAGCGUCGGCUGAGGUGUGCUGGAGUUGGGGUGGUGUCGAGCAGGGAGGAGUCAUCUGGUGAAGAGGACAGUCUGGAAGGAUGGAAGCCAUCCGUCUAUUACGUGAUGCUGAUCUUAGGGAUAGCAUCUGUUGUGAUUGCUUGCAGUGCCUCCACUCUGUACAGCUCCAUGGAGAACUGGAGCUACGUGGACUCUCUGUACUUUUGCUUCGUGGCCUUCAGCACCAUUGGCUUCGGGGACCUGGUGAGCAGCCAGAGGCAGCAGUACGAAUCUCAGGAGGCCUACCGGUUUGGAAACUGCCUUUUCAUCUUAAUGGGGGUUUGUUGCAUCUACUCACUUUUCAACGUCAUUUCUAUCGUCAUCAAGCAGACUCUCAACUGGAUCCUGGGAAAGCUGAGGCGUCAACUGCGUCAACUGGCACACUUUAGGCCAAAACGCAUCAAACGCAACGCCGUGCAGCCCAUCUCAUCCCACCACCGCUACACAGACGGCUCGGUUGAGACUGUGUGCGACAGCGAGACGGAUGCGGGCGCGUUGGCUGAAGUACAAGUGGGGCGUCGUUUGUCAGGGGAGAUGAUCUCGGUCAAUGAGUUCAUGGUGUCCAACAAGGUGUCUCUGGCACUGCUGCAGAAACAGCUGAGUGAAACAGCUCACCAGGGCCCGCGGCAGAGCUACAGCCAUCAGAAUGGUUUCUCUGGUGGUGUGGGAGCACUGGGGAUUAUGAAUAAUCGCUUACAGGAAACCAGUGUGGAUAGAUAG